AAUAGCUCCAGCUAGCUGUUACGCGUUACCCGUUACCCGCAUACCAAUACCCCAAUCCCACUCUUCCCACUUCAACAAACACUCUGGCGGAGAUCCGCGACCCGCGACGACAACCCCCCCCGACCAACCCGCCGACAACCCCUCCUCUACCUAUCAGCAUCCUCAGAGUGGGAAUGUGUACCCUGUAUGCAUUCGUAUGUCGGCUCAGCCACCAUUUUUCUCAUCUGCUAAUCCAUUGUUUCACCGACAAUUCAACAUUCAAUUCAACAUAUUUAGUCUGUACUGACUGUAUUGACUGUACUGACUGUACUCACUACACUGCCCCGUGCUUCCUGUCCUGUACAUCCUCGAUUUUGGCUUUCCUCCAACCCCCCCCCCCCCCCCCCCCACCACCCAAGACAGAACGCGCUUUGGGGGCUUCCGAGGCGUCUUUCCUUCUCAAUUCCUGUGCAACUGGCACAAUGCCCGCCAAUGGGACAAUGUCCGCCAAUGGGAAUCCCAAUCCCAAAUCCAAUGCCCGGAAGGAGACGCUAUACUCAAGAAGACAAAUCGAGGGAUUGAUUGCAGACGGCAGAAAGAUCAUUAUACUCGACCAAAAGGUUAUCAAGGUCGAUGCAUGGAUAGACUAUCACCCAGGCGGCCAUCUGGCCAUCCUCCAUAUGGUUGGACGAGAUGCCACGGACGAGGUUAACUCCGUCCACUCAGCGGAAACCCGGGCAUCGAUGUCCCGGUACCAGAUUGGAAGAAUUGAAGGCCGAUGGGAGAACUUCCUACCCCCAUACCAAGGAGGGAAAUUUCGACCUUACAUCGAAUCCGCAAGUGAUGGCCCAGAUACCGAUGACCAGCUUGAAUCGAGCGAUAUCUCGCGGGCGCCCUCGCCACUAUUCGAUACCGAGAAGACGGCAACGCUUCGCCGAAGGAAUGCAGAUAUGCAGCGGUCCCUCUCGGUCUCUUCGGUAUCAUCGGUUGAAGAGAGCGAGAGCAACAGUGGCAUGGCGUACCUGGAUGAUAUAACAAAGAAGCUUUUGGAUAUUGACAAUGCGAGCUAUCCAUCGUUGGAUGGUGCCACACAGGACGAGAUUGUUCGCAAGUACCGGAUUCUGGGACAGCGCAUUCACGAUGAGGGCCUGUUCAACUGCAACUAUGCGAUGUACCUCCUCGAAGCCCUACGAUGGACAUUUUUGUUCAGUAUGAUGCUUGUGUGCCUAAAGUAUGGCUGGUACGUUUCUAGUGCAGUAUUUCUGGGGAUGUUUUGGCACCAGCUGCUCUUCGCCGCGCACGACUCCGGCCACAUGGCUGUGACACACAACUUCAAGUUCGAUACCACUAUGGGCAUCAUCAUAGUUGAUUUCCUCGGCGGUCUCUCGCUCGGUUGGUGGAAACGGACACACAAUGUUCACCAUAUUGUCACGAACCACCCAGAACACGACCCAGACAAUCAGCACAUGCCGAUAUUCGCGAUUUCACACAGAUUUCUGGAGUCCUUGUGGUCCACCUAUCAUCAAACUACCAUGGCUUUUGAUGCUUUCGCGAAGUUUAUGGUGCCAUACCAAGCAUACCUAUACUAUCCGAUCCUCUGCCUGGGCCGCUUCAACCUUUAUGUUCAGUCGUGGAAGUUCCUUAUACUAGGGCAAGGCCCGGUGAAGGGGCCUGCAUGGUGGACAAGAUGGCUGGAGUGCGUCGGCCAGGUAUUCUUCUGGUAUUGGUUUGGCUAUCUCAUCCUAUACAAGUCGAUCCCCACUGGUUGGGAUCGCUUCGUGUUCCUGAUGGUCAGCCACAUUAUAACGAUGCCGCUUCAUGUCCAAAUUACCCUUUCACACUUUGCCAUGAGCACCAUGGACCACGGACCACGGGAAUCAUUCCCCCAGAAGAUGCUGCGCACGACGAUGGAUGUUGACUGCCCGCAAUGGCUCGAUUUCUUCCAUGGAGGGCUGCAAUUUCAGGCAAUCCAUCAUCUCUAUCCACGCAUACCUCGACACAACCUUCGGGCAACUCAAAAGCUAGUCCAGGAAUUUUGCAACGAUGCUGGGAUUCCGUAUGCACUGCUGGGCUUUGUGGACGGGAAUAAAACUGUCAUCAGCAAACUGGAUGAAGUCGGCAGGCAAGCCGCCAUUCUCACAAAAUGCCAGAGGACGAUUGCUGAGAGGGGCGACGUCCUUCACUCUCAUUAGGGCCGCCACGGAUGGGCUUUCCUUGGCCGGUAGCCAUUAGAUUUUGAGCUGUUAAUUUAGAUACGAAAAGCAUAUGCAUAUUUGAUGUGGAUAGCACUCCAUGUAGCUAGCCAUAGACGUCCAUAAGGCUAGGUUUUCUAGAGGAAUGGAGACGGACAGUGGAGGCGACGGCUUCUUUUGCCGUGUGGGCUGGUGCGUGCACCUUGGUGGGUUUCUUGGAACUUUGCUAUGUAGAACAUGAAUUGACGAUG